AUCUGCGCUAUCAAUGAUCUUGACAGGCAGCUCAUGGGAUCAUCCCAUCUUGAAACGAUACAUGAAGGGCAUAUAUCGGAUAAGCCAACAACAGCCAAGAUAUAAUUUGAUCUGGGACCCCAAGCGAGUCUUGGACUUCUUGGAAGCUUAUCAGAAAACAUCCCUGAAACUGCGUGCAAUGAAACUAGUAACCUUAUUACUGUUAGCAGCGGGACAGAGGUUGCAGACUAUACCUAAAAUUAAAAUUAGCAACAUACGCGAUACUGAAGACGGUGUUCAAAUCCUUAUAGAUGACAGGAUCAAAACAUGGAGACCUAGAACAGAAACAACCUUGCUUGAUACUUCCAAGAUUCAAUUACAAGCCUCAGUUAUGCGUUGCGAAGUGUCUGAUAUGCUACGUUACAGAAAUUGCUGCAUUAAGGAACCCAAACGACGGGUGGCGGGCUCAGAGGUCAAGAUAUCUCCUGACAUGUCUACCACAAUAACCAAUGGACACAACACUAGCACCGAAGAUUUCACCAAACACAUCUUUGGAGGCACAGUAAAGGGAUGCGCCAAGAAAACUGGCGAUCAAAUAGGUGAUUAUCAACGUUUCGUAUAUCUGAAAGCGGCUUUGUCGGGCCCCGCUUUAGAUGUUAUCGCGUCAAUCAAAGUUUGCAAAGAGAAUUUUUCAGUUGCAUGGAGCACUCUAUGGGACAGUUAUUCAGACAAAAGAACUUUAGUUCAUGAACAUAUCAAGGCUCUUCACGCUAUUCCGUCUACAAGUAAGGAAUCUUCAACUGGUCUAAGACAAAUCGUAGAUCAUGUCAACAUACAUUAUCGUGCUUUACAAAACUUCAAUGAGCCUACCGCGGAUUCAUUGUUAGUUUUUCUUAUCACGGACAAGUUAGACUCACUCACAGUCAGAGAGUGGGAAGCAAAAGGUCAUUCAGACAAUUCACCAAAGCUAACAGAUCUGUUGCAGUUUCUACGUGAUAAGGCUAAUCUUCUGAUGAAAUUAGAAGGCCAAAAGAAGCCUUUUGAUUUUCCACCCAAUAGAAAACCCAAAGACUUCAAAUCAGAGCGGAAUGCUUCGAAAUCUUUCUAA